CGAUGAAGACCGUCGCGCUCCUCGUCCUCGCGCUCCUGGGCUGCGCUUCCGCCCAGGUCACCGUCCUCGACGGCGACAACUUCGACGCCACCGUGCUCAAGUCCGGCAAGAACGCCAUCGUCAAGUUCUACGCCCCGUGGUGCGGCCACUGCAAGGCGCUCGCCCCCGCGUGGAACGAGCUCGGCGAUUUCUACGCCGGGUCUUCCAGCGUCGUCGUCGGCGACGUGGACUGCACCGUGAACGAGGACCUCUGCGGCCGAUUCGAUGUCCGCGGGUACCCCACGCUCAAGUACUUCAACGCCGAGACCGGCACGGCGGGCGGGGAUUACCAGUCCGGCCGCGACCUCGACUCCCUCAAGGCGUUCGUCGACGAGAACCUCGAGAUGAAGUGCCAAGUGACGGAUCAGGAGAGGUGCACGGAAAAGGAGGUCGGCUACAUCGAGAAGAUGCGAGGCAAGUCCGCCGACGAGGUGGCCGCCGCUCUCAAGAGGCUCGAGGGCAUGCGCGACGGGAGCAUGAAGCCCGAGCUCAAGCAGUGGGUGGUGCAGCGCAUCAACAUCCUCAACCAGAUCGCGUGAGCAAAUCAACACCUUGUGCGGGAUAAUCAAUCAAUCUGCGCUCGUCUAAUCG